CGCGGGCCGAAUUGGAGCAAGGCAUCAUUGGGUUCAAUACUAGCGACACAGCAACAUCUUCAGUCAGUUCGAAUAGUUCGUCAAUAUCCUAAGAACUAUAGAUUCAGAAUGAAACUCUUCAUUGCCGCCCUUACCGUCUGUCUGGUGGCCUUCGCAGCCGCCCAGCUACCCAACCCGGAGUACCUUCCCCCGGUGGAGAGCGCCCCUAGCCAGGAGUAUCUGCCGCCCGUGGACGCCGCCGCCAUCGGGGACACAAAAGUGGCCGACGACGGCUACCGCUACAAGACAGUGCGCAAGCUCAAGUUCCGUGCCCGCCAUCGCCGUGACGUCUCCGAAAUCGCUGAGCCCAUCAACGAGUACCUGCCGCCCGUGGAGGUGGAGCUGGCCCCCGAGCUGAAGACCGUCCUGGGCGACGGCUACCGCUACAAGACCGUGCGCCGCCUCAAGUUCCGCCGCCACCGCCGUGAGGUUGCCGCCGAGGAGGCUGCCGCCGAGGCCGCUCCCAACGGGGAGUACUUGCCCCCCGCCGAGGCUGCCGCUGUCGAGGCCGAGCCCAAGACCGCUGAGGAGGGAACGGAGCUCGCAAAGGACGGCUACCGCUAUAAGACAGUGCGCCGUCUGCGCUACCGCCACCGCCACUAAGUCUCUGACCCGAACCUAGACACAUUGAACCAAAUUGAUCCUGAUAGUACACUCGGGAAGUAGACUCGGACGGGGGCAUGCCCCAUCCACCUGACUUCCUCCUAUUUGCCCUUCCCCAAUUCGAAGACCUUAAGUUGUCUCAGCAUAUGGAAUAAUAAAAUUUAUUCACGAAAAAUCAAA